AUGUCCCAAGCAGCCUUUGCCAACACGACCUCGCCUGCCUACGAGAAGGAGAAGAAGCAUCGGAAGUUGAGCCGUUUGCUCGGCAAGCGAGAGAAAACCCCCGAACCGCAGCCAGACGUUGGACCCGAUUCGGCAUAUGCAUCAAGUGGAGCCAAUAGUGCAGACGGUGUUCCAGGAGGAAUUACUCCUGAGGAAAGAAAUCAGAAUGAGAUAAUAUCCGCCGAGAAGGACAGCGAGAUCGCCAACAUCGACCAGGAUAGGAAUCUCGCACUGAAACCUUCGACGGGAGAGGUUUUUGAUGAAGAUACAGGAGAAGUUGUUACCGUAGUGACCACUACAACAACUACCACCACUACUACAACUACUAGAGGGAAGAAACAUCAAGAUGUCCAAAAGGAUGUUAAGCGCGAAGUGCAAUCCGGCCCGGGCCAACACCCUCAGCUGCUCGAAAUGCCCGCAGGAUCCACAACCCCGGAACCUCGUGACCCACCAGCCAUGGCAUCUACCAACACGACACAGAAGGAACGGCCACCUGUGGUGGCCAGUGGAGGACUGCUUGCGGCCGACUCUCCUCCAAUCCCGGCCAAAAGUGCUAUGAGGAGAUCUGGCGACUUUACACGGGACGCCUAUCAUGCGGAUGGUGGUUCUGUGAGCCCUGUCGAUCCUCCUUUUGCGAGACGCAAUAGCGGGACACCCCCAGCUAGUCCCUCGAGGCACAACUUCAGCUAUCCGACUCGUUCAUCCCUCAAAACAGCCGAUCAGCCGAUGCGACAUAAUCAAAAUACUAUCAACGAUCUGCGAGCUGCAGCCAAGGGACUUCAUGGCGUAGGGGAGACCCUUCGAGGCACGUUCAGCUCCACAAUAGACCGCCGUUUCCCAUCCAAAAACCCCGAAAAGGCGGCUCGGGUGAACGCCCAAAACGAGGAAAUUUUAGAAAGGGGUCGCGUUGAAAUGGAAGGUGUCCCUGGAGGUUGGCCAGCACAUGAACCUGACGAGUUCCACCCUGCAUACGUCCACCAUGAGCCUAUCCCAGCAACCGAGCCGGAGGUGGUGACACCAGCAGGCGGACAAGCACGGUCUCCAGAUGAGAAACCCGGAAACCUGCGGAAACUAUUCAAGCGGAAACCGGUCGCUGAACAAGGUAUGCCAAGAUGA